GGCAACGUUCUGUUCAAACCCGUGAGCCAUGGCCAGUCGAGCAUCGAAGAUUACCUUUAUCGCUUCGAUCGCGUUCGCAGCUGUCACUGUAUGGGGCGUCCAUUACAUGCAAGACCAAGAACGUGAGUCCAUGUAUCAAGGCGUGCUCAAGGACGAGGCACGGGUUGCAGCAAAACGUCGGCAACGAGAGCAACUCCUGCUCGAGAGUCAACAGAAACGCGAGAUCUAUGAAGGUGUCCAACCUGUGUCGAAUACAGCACCUUAGCGAACCAACUUAGAUUCGCGUGUAGGACACGCGCCAAUGACCAAUAUCCCUUCACGUUACUAAAAGAGACAUCAAUGUAACAUAACAUCAACGCCACUCUGUACUGUAAUAAUGCAACCAUCGAAUGCGUGCAAGUUUAGACUGAGCGACGCAAACCACAACGGAUUCCAAGCCAAACUACACGCUCGAUUGCAGGCUUCUUCAUAGUAUUACACUUCGUCUUUGUCG